UCAGCGGCGAGGGGGAGGAGGGAAGGCGGGGAGUGCCCAUGGGAGAGCCCUCCUCCCCUGGCCGCUGAGGCGCAUUUGGGCUGGCUCUUCCAGCUGCGGCCGGUGGCCGGAGUACAGGCGAUCCCUCCCGUCCGCGCCCAGCCGGGGGGAGCCGAGGGCCGAGCGGACGGCUGCUCGUACCGCACGCUCCCGCCAUGUUCCAGUUCCUCCGAGGCUUCUUGUUGCCGGCGGCCGCCUGCGACGGAAACAGGGAUGGCGACUCCCGGUACGCUAAUCUCUUCAGGAAGCUGGACCUCAACGAAGAUGGAAAGGUGGAUAUAGCCGAGCUCCAGACUGGCCUCCGGGCCAUGGGCAUCCCCCUGGGAAAAGAGGCGGAGGAGAAAAUUUUCAAAGCUGGAGAUACUAACCAGGAUGGACAGCUAGAUUUUGAAGAAUUUAUGCGGUAUCUUAAAGAUCAUGAGAAAAAAAUGAAACUGGCAUUUAAGAGCCUGGACAAAAACAAUGAUGGAAAAAUUGAAGCAUCAGAAGUUGUCCAGUCCCUCAAGAUAUUGGGUAUAAGCAUUUCAAAAAAACAGGCUGAAAAGAUCCUGCAAAGUAUCGAUGCUGAUGGGACGAUGACAGUAGACUGGAAUGAGUGGAGAGAUCAUUUUAUGUUUAACCCAGCUACAGACAUUGAGGAGAUAAUUCGAUAUUGGAAGCAUUCCACUGUGUUGGAUAUAGGAGACAGUUUGACUGUUCCAGAUGAGUUUACAGAGGAAGAGAAGAAGACAGGACAAUGGUGGAGACAGCUGCUGGCCGGAGGAGUGGCUGGUGCUGUCUCUCGAACGGGUACAGCACCCUUAGAUCGCCUUAAAGUGAUGAUGCAGGUUCAUGGUUCCAAAUCAAACAAAAUGAAUAUAGCCAGCGGUUUUAAGCAAAUGCUGAAAGAAGGUGGUGUCCUAUCCCUCUGGAGGGGAAAUGGUGUAAAUGUUGUGAAAAUUGCUCCUGAAACAGCUAUUAAGUUCUGGGCUUAUGAAAAGUAUAAGAAGUUACUCACUAAAGAUGAUGGGAAGUUAGGUACCAUUGAAAGAUUUGUAUCUGGCUCUUUGGCAGGAGCAACAGCACAAACUUCUAUUUAUCCCAUGGAGGUUUUAAAGACAAGACUUGCUGUGGGUAAAACAGGGCAAUAUUCUGGGAUGUUUGACUGUGCUAAGAAGAUCUUAAAAAGAGAAGGUGUAAAGGCCUUCUACAAAGGUUAUAUUCCUAAUAUUUUGGGUAUAAUUCCUUAUGCUGGCAUUGAUCUUGCUGUUUAUGAGCUCUUAAAGAGUACAUGGCUAGAACACUAUGCAUCAAGCUCUGCUAACCCUGGGGUUUUUGUAUUGUUGGGAUGUGGUACUGCUUCCAGCACAUGUGGGCAGUUAGCCAGUUACCCUCUUGCUCUCAUCAGAACACGCAUGCAGGCUCAAGCCUCGGUGGAAGGAGCUCCACAGCUAAAUAUGGUUGCUCUCUUUCAAAGAAUUAUUGCUACAGAGGGCGUCCGAGGACUUUAUAGAGGUAUAGCCCCUAAUUUUAUGAAAGUGCUUCCAGCUGUCAGCAUCAGCUAUGUUGUAUAUGAAAAAAUGAAGCAGAAUUUGGGAAUAGCAUGAAUUGAAGUAAAAAGCUGAGAUGCUUCUCAUGUUGUUGGAAACACCAGAACAAAAAUGAUUUAUCUGCUCUCACAACUAGAGACAGGUUGUACUGGAAAGAUGCUGCAACUUUUACUUUUGCCUUCAAGUGGGAAGAAACUUUCUUAAAUUCUAGUUCACCAUUUCUAAACAGAUAGCUAUAUUGCACUUUAAAAUGUCACAGCGUUUAAAAAACAAACAAACAAAAAAUAAUCAAGAAACUGUCUAAAUCAACAAUAUGAUUUUACUCUUGGCACUUUUUUUGUGUUUGUCUUCUCUAAAUGCUUAUUUGGCUUGGAUCAAACCAAAGGUAAGCAUUUAUACUACCUUGAUACAUGAAAGUGACUUUUUUUUUUUGUCACGCUGCCUAUCCUGAAACAAUUCACAGGCAAAAUUUUGCACACCUAGAAGUAAGUACUUACUCUUGUUUUUUUUGAAGACAUAAGUUUGUGAAAAGUAGCAUUUUAGAUACAGACAGAGGUGAAGUAACACAUUAAAAUAUAGCCCAUCACCUUUAUCUUGAGGCUUUUUUUUUCUUUUUUUUUCUUUUUUCUUUUUGUAAUUCAAAGAAUAAGAGCCUGAGAAACUACUGUUCCAUGAUAUUGGAACACCUCAAAAGGAUUUACACGGUAUUUUUGUAAUGCAGUCAGUGAUUUUUGUAACUUACUUCACUGGACAUGCUUUUCAUUGCUCUUAUAAAUGCACCAUUGACCAUGGCAAGCUUUGGGUUACAGAUGCACGUUUUGUAGGAUUGCAACAAACAGGAACAAAAAAGCUUGGUUCCUGGAUCAAUUCCAUUCAAGUGCAGUUUAAAAAUGGGGUGGAGGAUACUAUCAGUAUUAAGCUGAUAGUUAUUAUAAUACAGCCAAUAGCAGAGUAUACAUUGUAGCUGCCAUGGGGAGGGAAAUGCUUCUCAUUUUGGACUCCUUACUAUUCUUUUCCUUUAGUCAGAGGGCUACAGUCCACUAUGAACUUUCAGCCAGUAGAGGAUUGUAUUUGACAGACUGUCAUGUGAGAUAAAUUCUCUUUCCCUCACAGUCUUCUGUCUGUGCUGGUUGUGUGUGUGAAAAUCAGAGAUUAAAAUACUGAAGUAUUUUGUCCAAGUGACCAGAUGGGACUGCUGAUCUCAGGUGCCCAUCAGACUGACUGAGAACUUGUUAGUGCUUGAGAAAUAGCUCUUCCUCAAAAACUGAGGCAGCAUUUCUUCAGUGUAGGAAGUAGAUAUUUCCAUGUCCGAAUACUUCGAAAUUGACUUUUUUUUUCUUGGGAGGUGGUAGUGGUGCUGCAUUUCACUUGCCUUCAGGCCUCAGCAGUGAAAUAGAGGAAGAAUUAUUGCCAAACUCACUUGGUACACUUUUUCUGCUUUCUGCAGCGUGUGGUGUCUUAAUCUUUAUAAAUUUGGGUUUAUCUUUAUACUUACCAUGAUGUUCUGAAACUACUUCCUGAAAUUGGGUUAUUGAAGGAAGAACAUUGUUCCUGCUAGCUCAUUAAGGGUCUUUUUUUUUGUUUUGUUUUGUGUUUGUUUUUGUAAGAAACUAAACCAAAAAUCAAGCAGAAAAGCAGAUAAGUAACUGCCUGAACCAACUUCCCAUGUUCUACAUACAGAAGACUAUUUGGGCUGUAGUUUUUUAAAAAGCAGUCAGAUAUAAAUUUGUGCUCAGUGCUUCCAUGGCUGAUGUUAAUUGUCCAGAAGAAUAUAUAGCAACUAAUAUAUAACAACUCCAUAAAAUUUGUAUUAUAAAAUGUUGUUUUGUCAGAUUUCAGAAAAUGGCAGCUUUAGCUGUGUCUCUUGGCCUUCCCUUGAGGGAAACCUUGGACUUUGCACUUUUUUUAAAAUACAAAAAGUCUUUCUAUCCAAAUAAUCCGUAUGUACAAUGCCUUUUUGAUCUGAAUGUUUCUUGGUUUUGCCAGCAUUCUUGUAUCUUUGUCUGAUUUGUGAGAUCAGUUCCCAGAUCAUUUUGUUUGACUGUGACCAAUGAGCAAGUGUACUGUGUGUGUGUGAUAGGAAGAUGAGUUUAGCAGUCUAUGUCUUCUAGAAUAGCUCCAUUUUUUUUGUAGUGUGCAAGAACCAUUGUGAGUAUUGACAAUUAUGGCAGUGAUGUUUUUAAAUUUCUAAAAGAUGACGUCUUUCAAAUUUAAGUUCUCAUUAUGUGCCUUCAUGAUGACUCUAUUCUACUGUGUAAUCUUUCUGUUAAGUAUGUGUUUACCUUUUUAGCUCUAUAAAACUACCAGUUUAUAAUAAAUGUUUGUUUCCUUAUCUGGAA